CUCCGUCAGCAUUAGCAUCUAUCUCACUAACCAACUUCUUUCUUUGUUCCGUUCUACUUUCCCUUCCCAACAACAACAAGAAGAUGCCUUCUGCAGAAGCUUCCUCCGAAACCAUUUGUGUCACCGGCGCUGGUGGCUUCAUCGCCUCUUGGAUGGUCAAACUCCUCUUGGAAAAAGGCUACACUGUCCGAGGAACCCUCAGAAAUCCAGAUGAUCCCAAGAACGGGCACUUGAAGGAGUUUGAAGGAGCCUCCGAGAGGUUAACUCUGCAUAAGGUUGACCUCCUUCAUCUUGACUCCGUUAGAUCAGUUAUUAACGGUUGCCAUGGUGUCUUUCACACUGCUUCUCCCGUCACCGAUAACCCCGAAGAAAUGGUGGAGCCAGCGGUGAGUGGAGCUAAGAAUGUGAUCAUAGCUGCUGCAGAGGCUAAAGUUAGACGUGUGGUGUUCACCUCAUCCAUUGGUGCCGUCUAUAUGGACCCCAGUAGGAGCAUCGAUUUGGUGGUUGACGAGUCCUGUUGGAGUGAUUUGGAAUAUUGCAAGAACACCAAGAAUUGGUAUUGCUAUGGGAAGGCUGUGGCUGAACAAGCAGCAUGGGACACAGCAAAAGAGAAUGGGGUGGACUUGGUUGUAGUGAACCCAGUUUUGGUUCUUGGACCAUUACUGCAACCCACAAUCAAUGCUAGUACAAUUCACAUCCUCAAGUACCUCACUGGCUCUGCUAAGACCUAUGCAAAUGCCACACAGGCUUAUGUGCAUGUUAGGGAUGUGGCAUUGGCCCACAUACUUGUUUAUGAGAAGCCUUCUGCCUCUGGUAGAUACCUAUGUGCCGAAAGCUCCCUCCACCGUGGAGAAUUAGUUGAAAUUCUCGCCAAGUAUUUCCCGGAGUACCCAGUUCCCACCAAGUGUUCAGAUGAAAAGAAUCCGAGAGCAAAACCCUACACUUUUUCAAAUCAAAAGCUGAAAGAUUUGGGAUUGGAAUUCACUCCAGUGAGUCAGUGUCUAUAUGAAACAGUGAAGAGCCUGCAGGAGAAAGGCCACCUUCCAGUUCCUGCAAAGCAGCAGGAAGAAGAUUCAACUACCGUGAAAUCCUAAAUGAGCAGCUAGUUGUCCACUAAGGCAAGAAGCUGCAGCUUGUGGCAAUCUGUGCUCAUCUUAUAUAUUAUAAUAGAGAAUCCUACAUUAGAAGACUGCUGUAUUUGGAUUUUGUAAAAAAGACAUCAACUAAAUUGUUGCCGUGUAUGAACUUAUAAUAUUAAUGAAAUUUAUUCCCCUCGUUGAGUUGAAUUA